AGUUCGUCACUGUUGUGAGUGAGGAAAUGGCAAAGUCAAGCUUGAAGAAUGCUUUAAUGGUAAUCCUUUUGGUGAUAACAAUUGCGUGUUCAACAAAAUUGUGCAAAGCAAUCGAAUCGCCACAGUACAAAAUAGUGCACUCAGAAUCAGAUUUUGAAAUCAGACAUUACAGGGAAUCGGUAUGGAUGGCAGCACCCGUCAACGAAAUCUCCUUCGAAAAAGCCACCAGAAAUGGUUUUCACAGAUUGUUUCAGUUCAUCCAAGGUGCAAAUUUAAACUUUUCUCGUAUCUAUAUGACAAAGCCAGUUUUGACUAGCAUUGUCCCAGGAGCUGGUCCUCUUCACUCAUCGGCAUACUUUGUUAAAUUCUACUUGCCUGAUAAGUUCCAAGCUGAUCCACCUCUUCCCCUUCCGGAGCUGAACCUUCAACCUGAUCCAUGGACCAGCCAUUGCAUUGCUGUUAGGAAGUUUUCCGGAUUUGCAAGAGAUAGCAACAUUGUUAAAGAAGCUGAGAAACUGGCUCUGAGCUUGAGUAGAUCUCCAUGGGAAAACACCACUGCUUCUACGAGUGAAUAUGCUUACUCUAUAGCGCAGUAUAAUUCUCCCUUCCGGAUCAUUGGGCGUGUCAAUGAAGUGUGGGUGGAUGUCACUGGAUCUCGAGCAAAUGGUUGCGAAUCCAAUCCAAUUGCUGCAUACUGAUUAUGAGUGUGAGCUUGAAGCUUCUUGGAUCGUUGUUGUACAUCUCCGGAGAGGCAUGAAUGGUUGCUUCUUAUGUACACAUAUUACCAUGCUCAUGUUCUGUAAAUUUGGGAUUUUAUGGAAGUGUGAUUAAUUCAGUAAUUCCCUUGAUAAAGAACUUUUGACAUUA